AUGGCAGAAGCCUCCUGGGGCGCCGAUCCUUUGGAGCUCUACGGAGGAUUCCGCUCUCUAUCUUACAAGAAGGAAAGGAAAUUCCGCAGUUCGCUGGCAUACAAUGGCACAACAAGUUGGUUCAAUUUCUCUGCAGUCUGUAUCAUUGACGAUCCAAUCAAAUUGCGUGUCAUUUCUCAUAUUGGAUUCCCAAACGUGGACUGGAUAUUGCUACAAAAUGUUUACGGUUGGGCGGCUCAUCAGUAUCAGGCAUGGGCUCGCGGCACGCUGAAUGUCCAUUCACAAAGUCGGGAAUUUGUUAUUCUAAAUAUUCAGAAUAUUCUCGAGCUCUGGGUCGAUGAUGAACAUUAUUUCGGCGGGGAUUAUUACGGCUACGAACGAGCACCGAUUGUUUUAUCGCUCAAUCCUGGUCCCCAUCGGAUUGACGUGCGAUUAAUUUAUGACGUUCGGUUGAUGGGCGGAAUCAGCAACCCUACAAUGACCCUAAUUCUCGACGCCGAAAUUUCUGCUGGUGACCUAGCCGUGGUGGCAGAUCAUCUUCUAGCACCAGAUGUAGUUGACGAUAAAUUAUCAAGCCAUUUAGUUUCGGUUACUUUACGAAACGAAAGUCCAUACUGGCUCACUGUUCAGUGUGUCGAAUCUAUGACCAGCUCACUGCAAAUAUCACUACGUGAAAGAUCGCCCUUCCGACUGGCGCCGGGACAAUCCAGACCUCUGGCAUUUGAAAUACAUUUCAAUGGGCCCCUCGAAAAGGAUCUUUCUUUUCGAAUAGCAUAUCUGAAAGGAUCUGAACGGGCGAUACUAAAGUCGUCGCCGAUCACUCACAAGCUUUCUCAUAUUUCUCGGCUAGAUCCUCAUCGAAUUACGUUCUCUCAUCCCUCUGGGAUAGUAUCAUAUGCCAUUGUUCGAGCACCGAACUAUCAGUUGAACUGUUCACAGAGACGAUCAGCGUCUUUACCACUCAUACUCAGCUUACAUGGAGCAGGGGUAGAUAUCGCGAAAUCCGAGUUCUCUCACGUUUUUGACAAUUUAUCAGACAUUUGCGCCUGGCUUGUGAUGCCUUCAGGAGUCACCACUUGGAGCGGUGAUGAUUGGCACGCCUGGGGAUUGGCGGACGCUGAAGCCGCGAUUGGUGCUUUGUCUUCUUGGAUAGUUUCAGUUAGUUGGAACGGAUCUGGGGUUGAUGUCUCGAGAUGGCUAGUUAAUGGACAUUCAAAUGGAGGUCAAGGAACUUGGCAUGUGCUGACACAUCGACCCGACAAUAUUGUUGCUGCUGCACCACUAUCGGGAUAUACGUCGAUUGAAAACUAUGUACCAUAUCAAUUUUGGCAUGCUGCAGAUCCCCGCCUUAUGGCUUUGAUCUCAUCGGCUCUGAGCAGUUACAAACAUGAGCGAUUACUAGCAAAUCUCAAGGGUAUCCCGAUCAUGCAACAACAUGGAGGCCAGGAUGAUAAUGUGCCUGCCUAUCAUUCGCGACUUAUGCGACAGCUUUUGGAAGAACACCGCUGGUUUUCAUCUUACAUCGAACUUUCGAGGGAGGGUCAUUGGUUUGAAGGUAUUAUGACAACACCAGCUCUCAAAGAAUUCUACCAACACUAUCUUCACCCCUCGCACACCUCGCAUCUUUCACCGGGUAACUUCUCCAUAACUGUGGCUGAUCCAGGAGACAUGGGAUCGAGGCACGGCUUCCGGGUUGAACAGUUGCAGACCAUUGGGAAAUUCGGUCAUAUUAAAGUUGAUCUUCGUCUUGUCGAUCAGCUUUUGAUAAUUCGCACAACCAAUAUUCGGCGUUUCCGAUUUACUCCAAAAGGCUCCGGCCUCGAGGAAGCUGAAUUUAUUAUUGACGAUCAGAGCCUGCAUAUAAAUACCGGUCUAUGCGGAGAUGGAGGGGAUUCUUAUCUUUGGUUUUUGAGAAAGGACAAUAGUCCAUGGACGUUCUCUUGCUCCCCAAAUUGGACGUCCAGAGAGAGGCGGCCCCGCCAAAUGGGGGGGCUCCAUGCCAUUAUGAGGGCAAGACAACGCUUCAGAAUUAGUUCUCAUAGCCCGACUACUUAUAAGAUUGGUUUGCAAAUAUCUCGUAAUUUGUUCCAGUAUUUUGGAGCGGACACGGAGUUGGGAGAGUUUGGUUUCGAAACCUGGACCGAGAAUGGGAACUUGAUUCGCGUGGCGAUGGGUGUUGAUAGGUUUCCUAAACUAAACACUUAUCCAUUAAGACUUAGAGAGGGGAAAUACUUUUCGAUACAGUUCGAAAAAAGAGAAAUCAUGUACCUCUUGGAGGAAGGCAUGGGCGCUAUAUUCCUGUUGCCUUCAGGGAAUGAUACUCUCGAGCUCGUCAUCUGGGGCUUCGACGAAGAUGGUCUCCGCCGCGCCUCUCGUCUCUUCCCGACUCUGACCGGCGUCGGACAACCAGAUUUCAUCUUCUUGAGCAGGGAGUGCUCUUACAACGGCUUGGAUGGCAUCUUGGCUGCGGGUUUCUUUGGUAAUGAGUGGGAAAUAUCAACUGAAUCCUACUUUAAGUGA